AAAAGGAGCGCGCGGCCGCAGGCUGGGAGCUGGCGCGAGGGCGGUGGCUGAGACCUUGUGCACACGGAGCAACCAGGACCAGGGCGAUGCUGAGGGUGCGGUGUCUGCGCGGCGGCAGCCGAGGUGCCGAGGCGGUGCACUACAUCGGCUCUCGGCUCGGAGGAUCCUUGACAGGAUGGGUGCAGCGAACUUUCCAAAGCACCCAAGCAGCUACAGCUUCCUCCCGGAAUUCCUGUGCAGCUGAAGACAAGGCCACUGAUCCCCUGCCCAAGAACUGCCCCGUCUCCUCUUACAACGAAUGGGACCCGUUAGAGGAAGUGAUAGUGGGCAGAGCAGAAAAUGCUUGUGUCCCUCCGUUCACGGUUGAGGUGAAGGCCAAUACAUAUGAAAAGUACUGGUCAUUUUACCAGAAAAAUGGAGGUCUUUAUUUUCCCAAAGAUCACUUGAAAAAAGCUGUUGCCGAAGUUGAAGAAAUGUGCAAUAUUUUAAAAAUGGAAGGUGUGACGGUGAGGCGUCCUGACCCCAUUGACUGGUCACUGAAGUAUAAGACCCCUGAUUUUGAGUCUACAGGUUUAUACAGUGCAAUGCCUCGAGACAUCUUGAUGGUUGUGGGGAACGAGAUUAUUGAGGCUCCCAUGGCGUGGCGUUCACGCUUCUUUGAGUACCGAGCAUACAGGUCACUUAUCAAAGACUACUUCCACCGUGGUGCCAAGUGGACAACAGCGCCCAAGCCCACCAUGGCUGAUGAACUCUAUGACAAGGAUUACCCCAUCCAUUCUGUGGAAGACAGACACAAAUUGGCCUCUCAGGGAAAGUUUGUGACGACCGAGUUCGAGCCAUGCUUUGAUGCUGCUGACUUCAUUCGAGCUGGGAGAGAUAUUUUUGCACAGAGAAGCCAGGUGACAAACUACCUGGGCAUCGAGUGGAUGCGUAGGCAUCUUGCUCCAGACUACAGAGUGCAUAUCAUCUCUUUUAAAGACCCCAAUCCCAUGCAUAUUGAUGCCACCUUCAACAUCAUUGGACCUGGGCUUGUGCUCUCCAACCCUGACCGGCCAUGUCAUCAGAUUGAUCUUUUCAAGAAAGCGGGAUGGACCAUCGUUACUCCUCCAUCGCCAGUCAUCCCUGACGACCAUCCCCUCUGGAUGUCCUCCAAAUGGCUUUCCAUGAACGUCUUAAUGCUGGAUGAGAAGCGUGUUAUGGUUGAUGCCAAUGAAGCUCCAAUUCAGAAGAUGUUUGAGAAGCUGGGUAUCAGUACCAUUAAGGUUAACAUUCGAAAUGCCAAUUCCCUGGGGGGAGGCUUCCACUGCUGGACCUGUGAUGUCCGCCGCCGAGGCACCCUUCAGUCCUACUUUGACUGAGCAGGCAUGGUGUGGCUUGGGGCAUGGCCUCAGAGAUACCUAAGAAGUGUAGCAGCAAGGCUCAUUCUACCGCUUUAAUAAAUGCAUGAACUGUAGCACCUUGAACAAUCACAUCUUUAACAGGGGUCCUGACAUGGUUUACUGUUCUUUCAUAUAAGGGAUAUGACUCUUACUAGGUUUACUUUCUUCUCGUAAGCUCUUUACUGUUUGGCUUAAAGUAUAAAAGCUGAGUAAAUGUAUGCCGAGGCAAAAAAUUAGUCACUUGAGUAACUUGGCCGCUAAUAUUUAACCAUCUACCUCUGUUUUUAAUUUUCUUUCCAAAAGGCAGCUUGAAAUGUCAGUUCUAACCUUAGUUAUUUUUCCCCCUUUUUGAUGGACUUGCAAAUGUUCAUUCAUAUAACUUCUUUUUUUUUUUUUUUGUAAAUGGGACAAAGACUUAGGAGAAAACCCUGCAGAUCCUAAGUAGAAUCAGAUAUUUGUCUUUUUUCUAAAAAUCUAAUUUGGGUAGUUUUUUAAAAAAUUGUUUUAAAAUAACCUAGACUAUGCAAACACUGAGAAAAUUAAGGGAAUUUUCCAUGAAUGCUUUUAACAUUCUUGUGUCGACAUUUGGUCCUAAAAUCUCGUCCUACACCUUACUUCAUUUCAAGUGGGUUAUUCUUGUCUUCUUCCUUCCUUUCCAAAAAUUGAAAGAAGUGCUUAGUGUAAUAGCUAUAACUCGUAGUCCCCAUCCAUUAAUGUUGAUGUUCAAUAUCUGACACAUAUAACGGCAUCUUUGGUAAUCUAAGACUUGUUUACAUUUGUGCAAAUUGUUUAAAGCAUAGAGUUUUAAAGCAUUUUUUGAAAACUAAUGCAGGCAAAAAUACAUGUGACAUGAAAUAAUUUUAAUGUUGGAUAUUGUAUAUGUAUUUUUACUCUAAUAAACUUUUGUGUUCCAGAUUGGA